CGUCAGAACGGACAUCGUCGACAGUGUAGAGAGAAAAGUUUUCGCUGCCAAACAACACGAAAUUUUCACGCACACACACAUCAGCAGCACAGUGCAGGCACGUUGAGAAAAUUCGGGAAAAAAACGUCAGCAGAUCUUUUGUCGGAAAAUGUUUUGAGCUUGAGCUUGGGUUAGGGACUCCGAUUUCAAGUGGUUGGACAUACAGUGAGCUGGAUAUGUGUGUGGAUGGCCAGGACAGGUGGCCUGAGCCGAGCUAACGGGCUAACGGGGAAUGGUAUGUGUGGUACAUGUGCGGUGCCUGUCUGUGCGUGUGCGGUGCCCGGUGUGAGUGCUGAAAAAUAGACUACAAAAUAAGUUCUGGCUCGUAUUUAUGUCGCGCUUCCGCCCGAUCUUCAAGCACCACCGCCAGCAGGAGCAGGAGCAGCAGCAGCAGCAGCAGCAGUCAGUACAAGUGGAGCAGCAGGAAGAAACAUGACCUGGUCCUGGGCAUGGCCCUGGUGGCGCCUCUGCCUGAGCCUCAUUUCCAUGCUCAUCUGGCAUGCCCCCUGCGCCCAUCUGCAGCCUGCCGAGAACGUCAACUACAAUCUCGUUCACUCCUGGGCCGACAAACUAGGCAUGGAAUUGUUUCAUCUGGGCGAUUUUAUCACCAGGCGCAAGGAGGUGCAGGAGAGUUUCAAGGAUGCCAAAGUGGUUCAGCGCGUUGGAGCCUCCAUAGUUGAUUCGAUGGCCAAGGAAAUAGAAAUGUUGAUGGACCUGAAGGUCAGCGCUGUGCGGCGCAUAAUGGACACAUCUGAGAACACGGCUCUGUCCCAUCAGAACGAUAUGGCGGAUAAGAUGUUCUCCUAUUACAAUGCCAAGGAGAUGUUAGAGCCGGGUGAUCCCGUGCCCCCGAUUCCAACGCCAGCCCCUGAUAUGGACAAGGACAUCGGGGAGCCGUUGAUCUACGUUCAGCCCAAAGUGGUGGUGCUGGAGCCACGGCCGGAGUUCCACAAUACACCGGUCAACUUCAGUGUUAGCUCGGUGCAUGUGCCCGUGAAUGUGUUCGAUCGAGCACCGGAUGUGAUAAAGGCGAUACAAUGGUCGGAGAAUUUGGAUCAGAUAUUCCGCGAUAAUUACAAGAAUGAUCCGACAUUGUCGUGGCAAUUUUUUGGCAGUUCGACCGGCUUUAUGCGUCAAUUCCCUGCAUCCAAAUGGAAGAAGGACGUACCGAUCGAUCUAUACGAUUGCCGGCUACGCUCCUGGUAUAUGGAGGCGGCGACGAGUCCAAAGGAUAUUGUCAUUCUAAUGGAUGGAUCCGGUUCAAUGUUGGGACAGAGGCUAGAUAUCGCAAAGCAUGUUGUCAAUACGAUACUCGAUACAUUAGGUACAAAUGACUUUGUGAACAUCUUCACCUUUGAUAAGGAAGUGAGCCCAGUUGUCGGAUGUUUCGAGGAUACACUGAUUCAAGCAACUUUGGGCAACAUUCGUGAACUGAAAGUAGGGAUCGAAAACUUUGGACCCAAAUCGAUCGCCAAUUAUACCGCUGCAUUGACAAGAGCAUUCGAGAUAUUGGAAGAGGCGAAUUCGACGUCGCGCGGUGCGCAAUGCAAUCAGGCGAUCAUGAUCAUUGGGGAUGGGGCGCCGGAGAACAAUCGCGAGGUCUUCGAGUUGCACAAUUGGCGGGAUCCGCCCUAUAAGCCGGUGCGGGUCUUUACCUAUCUGAUUGGCAAAGAGGUGGCUAAUUGGGAUGAUAUACGGUGGAUGGCGUGCAAGAAUCAGGGCUAUUAUGUGCAUCUCAGCGACACCGCUGAGGUCCGCGAGAUGGUCCUAAACUAUAUACCGGUUAUGGCCAGGCCCCUUGUUUUGGGUAGGCACGAUCACCCGGUCAUUUGGACACAGGUCUAUGCGGACAUUGAGGAUACAAAGCUCUCCGACCAUCUGUGGGAGAUCAAGCAGUGCGAGGAGCAGAAGGCGGACGUCCUCGAGUAUUGGCAGGUGCACGACCGUAUGCUGGAGCCCAGCGAGAUGCACAGACGCGAGUAUCGGCGCAUAAAGGAAACCUGGAACCAGCCCGUCGACUCGAAUGUCUAUCAAUUCAUGACCACCGUUUCGAUGCCCAUUUACGAUCGACGCGAGAAUGCGCUCAUUAAUCUAACGACCGAUAUAAAUCCGGCUGCGAAAAUAAACCUUCAAGUUACAAGGAUUGCAAACAUACUGGGCGUGGCCGGCACCGACGUGCCCAUCAAUGAAAUCAAAAAGCUGCUGUCGCCAUUUAUGCUGGGCGUGAAUGGCUACGCGUUUAUAGUAACCAACAACGGUUAUGUACUAUUCCAUCCAGACUUUCGUCCAAUUUUCCAAGGUUAUAUACUGAAACCAGCAUACAAUAGCGUGGACAUGAUUGAAGUCGAGCUGUUGGAUGACGAUCGACCCGCCAGAGACUUCAAUCCAGUGCUGAUGACGAUACGCGAUUCUAUAAUCAAUCAAUCGACUGGCAGCAAAUGGAUGUUGGUCAAGAAUCAUUUCGAUGAAAUGAAACGGGUUACUCGCAUCAAGCGCCAGUAUUACUGGACAGCCAUCAAGAACACACCAUUCACAUUGGUCAUCUCCUAUCCGGAGCAGUACGGCGUCACUCGCAUAGAUAUACGGUCAGAGCAGGACAUCCAUCGCGUCAAUAUCAAGGGCACAAACAUACGCAGCUUCUUCGAUGGCAAGCGAUGGAAAAUACAUCCAGAUUGGCUAUUUUGUAAGCACAGCAACAGGACAUUCAGAACGCCAGAGACAGAACUUUUGUACUUUCUCGAGCGUAUGACUGAGCCUGGCUGGCGAUGGCCAGCGAGUCGAAGCGCUAUGCCCCCGGAGCAUACAGCUGCCAUGUUCUCUAACAACUCAUCAACUGGCCGCUAUCCAUCAAUCAAUGAAAAAGAAAGCUACUAUUGCGAUAGGCAGCUGAUGCAGGCCCUGGUCUUCGAUGCCGGCGUCACCGAGUGGUUCUCCAAGAAUAGCAGCUUCAACUCCAAGGAGGACAAGAGCACAAGCGCAUCAAGCCCAAUAGCCGUUCUAAUGGGUUUGCUGCCAAGAAACGAAUUCAAGCAGCGUUUUGGCGUCACCGUCGCCUUCCUGGCCACCCACAGCGGCCUCACACGCUGGCACGAGUUCAACUUGGCCGAGGAGCCAAGUGUCGGUGAGACCUUCAGCCAGAAAAACAAACGCGCCAUCGAUGAGAUCUGGUACAAGCGCGCCGUGGACCAACAUUUUGUACGGGCGGAAAGCUUUGUCUACUCCGUGCCCUUCGAUGCGGUCGAAAGCAAUUCUGAGAUCUUUGUAACUGCCAGUCAUGCCAUCUUCCAUAAUGAGGGCGGCAAAUCCGCACCGGCGGCCGUUGUGGGCUUCCAGUUUCAGCACUCGGCGCUCUAUAAGCUCUUCCACAAUAUCACUGGCAACGCCUGUGCCGUGGAUGACAAAGACUGCUAUAUACUGGACAACAAUGGCUAUGUGAUCAUCUCGACAAGAGUGCACGAAACGGGCAGAUUCUUCGGCGAGGUCAAUGGGGCGAUUAUGAAGCGUCUGCUGGAGGAGAACGUCUACAAGCGGGUCUUCGUCUAUGACUACCAGGCAGUGUGCUUCGAGUCCAGGGGCGACAACAAUGCCUCCAGCAUGCUGCUAUCGCCACUUUAUCAUGUUCUUCGACUGAGCAGAUGGCUGCUGCAUACGGCGCUGUGGUAUAUUGUGCAACUAAUGCAACUGGCGCCCGGGGUGUCCGCCCACUACGCUGAGAUGUACAGCGACAUGAACGGCACUGAGCCGGAGCCAGAGCACCACCAGAAUGGCCAUGGCAAAAAGUCGGAGACCGAGGAGCAUUGGCUCCGCUAUCUGACACUGCACCGGACACGCGUCAAGUCCUGCGACAUGCAGCGAGAGCUCUACACGCUCUACAACGAGAAGGACAACGUUGUCUACAAUAUGACAGCGCACGCAUGCGAGCGGCCAUUUGUCGUCCUGCCCAUACCGUUCAGCAACCUCAUACUACUGGUCGUCGACCAGCUCUGUCCGCGGGACGCUGCCCUCGUGCUAACGGUCAAUCCGCAGACCAUCGACUAUCAUCUGUCGGUGAACGAUUCGCUGGCCUGCUACAAGCACGCCCGCGAGUUCAACCGCGUGCGUCCCCAGAGCUGCAUCAGUCGGCAUGCGAAUGAGAGCAACAUCAAGCUGUGCGGCAAGGCCUGCUCCCUCUAUGCGAACCUCGCCCUCUUACUGCUCUGCCACAUCCUGAGUCGCUGGCUGUAACGGCAAUCGACCAGAUUAGCUUAAAUCUAGGCAAUACGUUUUUGUAUCAUAUUGUACGAGUGUAGGACCCCCAGCCCCCCUCCCGCCCCACGACCCAACAGCAAUCCCCAGAACAAAGGAAUUUUUUACUCUCAAUGCUUGAGCGCAGUUUAAUAAUACUUAAAAAUAUUUUUGGUCACCUAGAGAAACUUUUCCAAAUUAGUUCUUAAGUAGCUAAAUAUGUAUCUUUCGGUGGUUGAGUGGCGGAGGAGGAGGAGGAGGAGGUGAAGAAGGAAACCAAAUUGAAUACCGGGAAAGUGCGUGCCGACUGUGACAGGUGGACGGGUGACUGGGCGGAGCGCCAGGCUUAAGCUUGCAUAUAUGUAUAGUAUAUAUUGUGGACCUUCCAAUAGACAAACUUAAUUAGAAAAUGUACACUUACGAGUAUUACGUAGAGUAUAUGAGACUACACAAAUCCAAUAACGGCCUUAAACGACUUGCAAAAACCACAUAUGUACAUACAUACAUAUGUAUUAUACGCUGAACGCCAAGCACCGUCGAGGGCGCGAUUCAAGUAAUAGAACGCAAUAGAACUCAUGGCACGCACUGUACCAAUGCCGACUACUGCCCAUGGUUAUGUGAGUGAUUGAGUGAGUGAGGAGCGAGUGAGUGUUUUCAAUGAGUGUUGUGUUCGAAUGAAAGUGAAUGUGAAUGUUUGUUGUUAAAUCUUAAUUUAAGACGGACACAUUUGUAAGUAAUACUUAGCUACAAAGAUUUAUGUUUAAUGAGCGGAUCAAGAACACUAUCGAUUAAGCGAAUAAUGGAACCAUUAAAAGUAUAUAUACAUAUAUAUAUAUAAUGUAUGUACACACCCACACACUUAUACGAUAUACUACCUAUAUAAUACAUACUAUACAUACAUAAAAACAAACAAACAAUACAUACAUACUACAUCUAAGUAGCUUUUGUAUAUUUGCUUAGCUUAGCCCGCAU